AUGUCCUUACGGGAAAGCGGCGCCCGCCACACCCCGGCCGGAGCCGGGGCGCAGCAAGCGCCGCUAACGCAAAAGCGGCGCCCGCCGCACCCCGGCCAAGGCCAAGAGCACGGCAAGCGCCGCCAACGUGAAAGCGGCGCCCACCGCACCCCGGCCGGAGCCAAGAGCGCAGCAGACGCCGCCAACGCAAAAACGGCGCCCGCCGCACCCCGGCCGGAGCCAAGAGCACAGCAAGCGCCGCCACAGCCAAAGCGGCGCCCGCCGCGCCCCGGCCGGAGCCAGAGCACAGCAAGCGCCGCCAACGCAAAAGCGGCACCCGCCACACCCCGGCCAAGGCCAAGAGCACAGCAGGCGCCGCCAAAGCAAAAGCGGCGCCCACCGCACCCCGGCCGGAGCCAAGAGCACAGCAAGCGCCGCCAACGCAAAAGCGGCGCCCGCCGCACCCCGGCCGGAGCCAGAGCACAGCAAGCGCCGCAGAAGCGAGCAAGUGCCAUUCGCCAGUGA